AUGGGCUGCGGCACGAGCAAGCCGGGUCUGACCUACGAGACGAAGCUGAAGCUGUGGCGCAUUCUCGGCGGCGGCGACCUGGAGCGUGUCCUCGCGAGCGGCGCCGUCGCCCUCCUCGACGCGCGGUGGAUCAUCAGCCACGCCGAGGCGGGCGGCGUCCUCAACCACCGCCAGGCGCUGCCCAAAGAGGCCUUCCUCUCUUUCGCCGACCUCGUCGAGGCGACCACCUCGAACCCGUACGGAGAUUGCCUUCCCGUCGCCGCGCUCUCCUACCCGUGGCUGACCAAGGACCACCCCGACCCGCGCGGAGCCAACCUCGCCCGCGUCGCAAGGGCGCUUAAGGCCCUGCUCAGCAACAAGCGUCUCUGCCCGCGACUCGGCGUCUUUUGGGACUUCGGCUCGCUGCACCAGCACCCCGACCCCCCCAACGGCGUCCUGCGCACCGAGGAGCAGAACGCGCUCUUCAAGCAGGGGCUGAGCUUCCUCGGCACGCUCUACUCCCACCAGCACACUUGGGUGCUGCGGCUGACCUCCUUCCCGGACGGCCACAAGGCGGAGGACCAGGCCGAGGGCACCAACGUGGCCAAGUACUUUGACCGCGGCUGGUGCUACACCGAGCAGAGCUGGGCGGGCCUUACCAAGGUCGGCCAGCUCUCGCUCGACCUCGGCAAGAUGCGCGACGGCAAGGAGUACGACUACUGGAGCCUCACCGAGGACUGCGCCCAGGACGGCGGCCGGCGCCCUCCGCUGCUGCCGUCUGCCUUCGCGGCGGAGCUGGAGACGAAGAGCUUCACCAACGGCAAGGACGACAAGCCGCUGGUGAAGCGGCUGUACGAGGCCGCCUUCAAGGAGCAGUUUGGCAAGGCGACCGUGCUGUUCUACAACAACCUCGGCUGGGGCGACGCGGAGGCGGCGCAGCUGGCGGAGGUCCUCGCGAGCGGGGCAGCGCCGCGGCUCGAGACGCUCUAUCUCGGCGAAAACAAGAUUGGCGACGAGGGCUGCAAGGCGCUGGUCGCCGCCCUCGGCAAGGAGGGGGCAGCGCCGCGGCUCGAGAAGCUCGAUCUCAACUGGAACAAGAUUGGCGACGAGGGCUGCAAGGCGCUGGCCGCCGCCCUCGGCAAGGAGGGGGCAGCGCCGCGGCUCGAGACGCUCUAUCUCGGCGAAAACAAGAUUGGCGACGAGGGCUGCAAGGCGCUGGCCGCCGCCCUCGGCAAGGAGGGGGCAGCGCCGCGGCUCGAGACGCUCUAUCUCUACCGCAACGAGAUUGGCGACGAGGGCUGCAAGGCGCUGGCCGCCGCCCUCGGCAAGGAGGGGGCAGCGCCGCGGCUUGAGACGCUCUCUCUCCACCGCAACGAGAUUGGCGACGAGGGCUGCAAGGCGCUGGCCGCCGCCCUCGGCAAGGAGGGAGCAGCGCCGCGGCUCAAGGAGCUUGGUCUCAGCGGCAACCAGAUUGGUGACGAGGGCUGCACGGCGCUGGCCGCCGCCCUCAAGGAGGGGGCCGCCCCGAGCUUGAAGGCGCGAGACGCUCCCCCUCGCCACACGCCCCUCCCCCCGCCCAAUGCUCAUCGCACCUCCCCUCGCGUGCAGGCGCUCGUCGUGGGAAGCGAGAACAAGAAGCAGCCUGAGCUGGUGGCCGUGUGCGAGGAGCGCGGUAUCGAGCUGCGCUGA